UGUGCCAGCUGUGCCACCUGCCGGCAGGAUGGAGCCCAGCAGAGCCUUGCAGCGCCGCGGCCUCCUCGUCCUCCUCCUGGUCCUGGUCCUCCUGCCCGGGCCCGGCCUGCGGGCGGCCCAGCGGGCCCUGCAGCCCAGGGGGUCGUGCUUGGAACUGUGCACCGGAGACUGGGACUGCGAUGUGGGCGAACGAUGCGUCAGCAACGGGUGUGGGCACAUCUGCUUGCCAGCCACGGAUGGAGGAGACCCUCGCUGAAGAUCUCGAAGGGAGUCGUGGCUACUUAGAGCUCAGCUUCUGGGGUCCACUGACUGAGCCAGAUACGGGGGGCUGAUCGCCCCCAUCUUGGCCCCCCAGGCAGGGGGGACCCCGGGGACUGUGGGGCCGGAGGGAGCGGGGUUGGCGCUCCAGAGAUCUUUCUCGCUCAAUAAAGUGGCUUUCGUCCGACGCUCAAA